AAACUAUAUUCUCAAAAAAUGAAAAUUUGAAACUUUUAUUUUUUUAAUAUAUGAUUCUUGUAUACCCACGAAUACAGUCCAUUCCUUAUCUUUUACUUUGAUAUUUUUCUUGAAGACUUUGGUUUUGAGGUGAUGAUAUUUUUGCUGUUUUGUCCAUUUGCCACUUAAAAAAUAUCAAUUUUAUCUGUUUCCUAUUAUAUCUAUCUAUCUAUGUAUGUAUCUAUGGAUGACAUGUUUAGUUGUUAGAUUGAUUCACAACUCUUUCUUUCUUCUCUUUGUUAUUCUUUUCCUUUUUCCAAUCCAAAAAUUAAGGAGUCAUUAGAAAAGUGUGAUACAUGGCUGCAACAAAUGCUGCAAUCUUUGCUUCUUCUAAGCAACCUUGCAUAUCUGUCACAACCUCUCCUAGUAGUUAUACCACAACAAAAGCAUUUGGGAGUAAUUUUCUGAAUGUUUCAUUACCAAGAUGUUACCUUAGGAAGGAAAGACAUGUUAAAGUUAGGCAUGUAAUCAAUGCUGCAGCUGCUGUUGCAACAAGUCCUACAGAGGAAAUUCAAGAGUACAAGCUUCCUUCAUGGGCUACCUUUGAACUUGGGAAGGCUGCUGUCUAUUGGAAAACCACAAAUGGGGACCCUCCUACUUCAGGUGAAAAGCUUAAACUUUUCUAUAAUCCAGCUGCAUCUCAACUUGCCCCUAGUGAAGAAUUUGGAAUUGCUUUCAAUGGAGGAUUUAAUCAACCAAUUAUGUGUGGUGGUGAACCAAGAGUUAUGUUAAGAAAGGAUAGAGGCAAAGCUGAUUCUCCUAUAUAUUCCAUUCAAAUAUGUGUUCCUAAACAUGCUUUAAGUUUGAUCUUCUCAUUUACAAAUGGAGAAGAUUGGGAUGGUCCAUAUAGAUUGCAGUUUCAAGUACCUAAACCUUUAAAGAACAAGCCAAUUGAAUUCUUUAAUGAGGGCUUGGCAGAGGAACUAAGUCAAGAAGGAGCAUGUGAGAGAGCAAUAUUUCCGGACUCAAGUACAGUCAUAGAGAAAUGUGCUAUGAUUGGUAAUUUAUCGAAAGAAGGGGGUGAUCGCUGCGAACUGAAUCUUGUCCCGGGGUGUAUCGAUCCUAGCUCACCCUUCUACGAUCCACUAGCCACUUUCGAUGAUGGAUCAUGUCCAAUUGAAGUAGAUUCUGAGACUGAGGAUUAACAUUAUACUUUUACAUGAAUAUUCACUUCCAUCAUGCAUAUUGUUGUAACUUGUGCUAGUACAUAAAUAAGUCAUUGUAUAAUAUAAAAUGUAAAUUCUACACUUAGCACUGAACUUUAGCAAUAGCUUCUCCUUUCUACACUAUAAUCUCUUAAAAAUAA